UUCGCCGCGGAGUGCACCUACGGGGAAUGGCAAAGUGCCUCAGCAACAGGUGGCGGAGGAUCCUGAACGGAGGAAGUGGGUGCUUGCUUGCGCUCGGCCGCUCCUCACCCGGGAGAAAGGUUCGAGGCUCCCUUCCCCGGCUGCGGAAAAGCAGAAGAAAACUCGUGGAUUUGGGAGUUAGGGAAGGGCGGGCUGAGGUUUACUUAGAGGCUCCGGGCAGUGGGAGGAGACGCUAUGGCCUGGAUCUGGCAGUGGCAAUUUCAAGCGCUUUGGAUCGGCCUCACCUCGACAGGUUGUUUCUCUGUUCUCGUGACGGUGCCAGAUACUGAGCGAUACACCACUUUAUUUGCAUCUGUGACUCUCCGAUGUGACUAUAGUACCUCAGCACCACUGCAGGAUGUAGUUGUUACUUGGCGCUAUAAAUCUUUUUGCAAGGAUCCCAUUCUUGAUUAUUAUACUAUUGCCUAUCAGGCAAGCUUAGAACUUGGCCAGGAUCCUUCCAAUGACUGCAAUGACAACCAACGGGAAGUGCGCAUUGUUGCUCAGAAAAGAGGUCAGAGUGAACCAGUGUUGGGUGUUGAUUACAGGCAGCGAAAGAUCACAAUUCAGAAUAGAGCAGAUCUUGUAAUUAAUGAGGUGAUGUGGUGGGACCAUGGAGUCUACUAUUGUACUGUUGAAGCUCCAGGAGACACAACUGGUGAUCCAGACAAAGAAAUCAAGCUCAUUGUUUUGAAUUGGCUUACAGUACUCUUCAUCAUCCUUGGAGCCCUCCUCCUCUUCAUGCUGAUUGGAAUAUGCUGGUGUCAGUUCUGCCCACAGUAUUGCUGUUGCCAUGUACGCUGUGCCUGCUGUCCAACUCGCUGCUGCUGCAAUGAAAAAGUCCUGGAACGGCACCACUUUGUGAAACAAGCUCAACAACUUCUUCCAUGGAUGACAAACCACUCCCAGUCAUCUUCAUACCAAUUAAACCCACUUUUGCAGAGAGAUGUAUCUCUCCAAAGCAACCAACCAUUAAUGCCUCAAUUUGCCCACGUGCCCUCUAGCAACAAGAUAUUGGAUCAUCUUGAAUCUGAGAUCAGGAACCUUAAUCUAUCUCAGCCUAUGCUACCUUCACAUCAUGUUGGAAGCAGUCAGCAUCCUAGCAUUCUCUCUUCUCUGGGCUCAGAGAUUGUGGAACGCAGAGUAAUCCAGUUGCCUCCUAUCAUUGAGCGUAUCCCAUCCUCUCAGAGAUCUAGCAGUUCAUCACGACCAGGAAGGUCUACACAUAUUCCAAGACCUCGGAGCAGCACAAAUGAAAACCAGAGAGAGGAGAGGAGACGGAGGCGUCGUUCAUCUUUGGAUGAUGAUUCUCCUUCCAGCUAUGAUCAGGAACUAUGGGAUAGGCAUAGAAAUCCCAGAAAUGAAUCACAAAGAUAUGGCAGCCAUCAUGGUAGAUACUGGCGUUCCACAACAGAUGUAGUACCCACCUCGCGUGGCAGAAAUAGUUAUGAUUCCCAUCUUGAGACAAGAAGAGAUUAUUCUGGACAGCAACACUCCGAGAGAAAAAAUCAAAAUUCACAACGACGAACAUAUCAACAUGACAAUAACUUUGCUCAUCGGGAUCGACGACGACGGCAUCGCAGCUAUUCUCCACCAUCCUCCUGGGAGUCAUGGAGUUCCUCUGAAGAACAGGACUAUUCCCGGAAAAACAAUAGGCCUCAAUGUCGUCAGCAUCAUUCCCCAGACUGGCAGUACGAGAAACCACCUAGUUAUUGUUCUGUUGAAGUUACCCCAACCAAGAAUAAGAAACUCAGAAAGUCAACAGAACCAUCGGAAAAAGGCAGUUCUCGCAGUGGGACGAGUGUCGUCAUUUAACCUCUUCACUCUGCUACUGUAUAAAAUGAGAUUUUGGUGGCUGUCUGAACACGCAGAUUUUCAUUCUGGCCUUUAAUAUUAUUCACUAAAUGUAGCAGUCAGUAACAGGUUUAUUUCUCUAUCACCAUCAGACUGUACUUUCUUGUAUUAAAAGUUUUUAACCAUUUUUGCACUUUAAAAAAUGCAGUAAGAUUUUUUUUAUUUUACAAAACAAAUACUGAAAGAUUAUGUAGAUGAUUUCCUUGUCUGGAUCUUGAGGUCUUACCUGGUUCUUAAUACUCUUACCGGUAUUAAGAAUACAAAGCUGCAACUGUUUAUGAAUUGGUGGGGUCGUUUCUGUUACUCCAAAAGAUAACAAUUUUAAUCUUGGGUAACGAACUACAGAAUUCAGUCUUGCUUUAUUACACAUAUUGUGUAAUAGGAUUUUUUUUUUAAAUUGAGUCAGGAAGUUUUCUAGAAAAUUUUGAGUCAGAAAACUUUCAGAUACUAGUGCGUAUAUCUAGUAUCCAUAGUUUGCACACAUCUUUGUGCUACAUUAUUUGAUGUCGACAAAAAUGUAGCCUAAUUUGUGAGGUUUGAACAUCCAAAGAAACAAGUUGAUAAGUGAAUUGCUGUAAUGUUGGG